GCCCAUUUCCUUUGGGAAAAAAAGUGGUCAGCUAUUUUUUAGCUGACAUCUUUGUAUUUUUAGCUGUUAGCCACUUCUGCUAAGUAACUUUUCAAGGCAUUUCUUACGCCAAAGUAUACACACGAAUUGCGCGAAGUCCACGUUGAGAACAACAGCAGUUACGCGGUCGUGAAAAGUUACUAUGGAAGAAGUACAGCAGGGCAGCAAUGGCACCGAGUUACAGACCGCUACCAUCACAUCCGCUCAGUUCUCACAGAUAGCCCAACAGAUGUCACUGGGUGGUGGUGCUGUGGCCGUUGUACAGCUGCCAGGGGGUCAGUUUCAGGUUCAAGGGGUCAUCCAGUCUGCACAGUCGUCAGUCAUUCAGUCCCCUCAGAUGCAAACUGUACAGGCCCUGGGUUCAGAUAGUGACGAUUCACAGGACUCAUCUGACAGUGAAUCUGUAGCCCAUAAUACAAGAGAAAUACUGGCAAGACGGCCGUCAUACAGAAAAAUCCUAAAUGAACUGUCAUCUGAGGAAGUAACACAUAUUGAGGGAAAGGACAGUCCGGUAUCCACAGUAUCCACCACCCAAAUCUACCAGACCAGCACCGGACAAUACAUUACAAUAGCUGCUAAUGGCACAAUCCAGCUUGCUACGUCGGGGACUGAAGGCAUUCAGGGUCUACAGGCAAUCAACAUGGCCAACGCUGGUGGAGUCCAGCAAAACACCACCAUUCUUCAGUAUGCCCAGACACCUGACGGCCAGCAGAUACUGGUCCCUAGUAACCAGGUUGUUGUACAAGGUGCAGGAGGAGAGAUGCAAACAUACCAGAUCCGCACAGCGCAGACAUCCAGCUCCCUCCCUCAGACCGUCGUCAUGACGUCUCCAAUGGGACAUUCUCAGGGCAAGAGCGAUGACCCAACAAUGAAAAGGGAAAUCCGGCUUGCAAAAAACAGAGAGGCAGCGCGGGAAUGUCGACGGAAGAAAAAGGAGUAUGUUAAAUGCCUUGAAAACCGCGUAGCUGUUCUCGAAAACCAAAACAAGACCCUAAUUGAAGAACUCAAAACAUUAAAGGACCUUUAUUGUGUUAAAACAGGAUAACCUGUUUGAAUAGAGGCUGCGGAAUGGGACAUUGUUUGGGAGCGACACCGCUCAGCCCUUUGGACAUGAACAGGGUUUCUGGGAACACUUAAUUUCAGGCUCCUGAAGUUUUUUUUACUCUGAUAUAAAAGUGACAAUUGAUGGCAGUAAGAUAUACUCAACCAAUACAUUUUUUUCCACCUGCUGUUUUUUUUUAUUUGCUAACACUAUAACAUUUAUAGUUGUGUACAUUUUAAUACUGGGAGGUUUGAAAUGGUGAGCUUUAACUUUGAGUCUCAGUUUGUAAAUGUAUCCCGUGUUUUUUAACAAUGUAUAAAAAUGUUGCUGUAUUUUUUUUAUCCUCCAACAGCAUCAGCAGAAUGUUGACUAUAAUUCACAGACAUUAUUCCUGUUUAUAUUGUGGACCAGCAAUUCCCCUCUUUUCUCUAUAAGGAGAUGUUACAAUUGUCAUUCCUUCUUUUUGUGCAAUGGAAUAUAAAGGGUAACAAAUGAUGACAUUCAGUGUAGUUUGUUUGGUUGUUUUUUGGCAGUUACUUAGACAAUCAGGGGAAAAAAGCAGUGUCCAGGUAAUAUUUAUUAUGUACAUCUUGGGAGGGCUUUGGAAAGAAGAACAAACUAUGAAAUGUUGCUGAUUCUGUAAAUAAAUAAAUAUAUUUUCACUCAAUAAA